UCGGAAAUCUCAACUUAGCUAAAACCGUUAAAACAAUGGAUGAGUGUAUGCUCAACGAUUUGCUCGAAUGUUCGGUUUGCCUUGAGCGACUGGAUACUUCCAGCAAAGUAUUGCCCUGCCAGCAUACCUUUUGCAAAAAAUGUCUGGAAGAAAUUCUCAGCACUCACAGGGAGCUCAGAUGUCCGGAGUGCAGGGUCCUCGUCGAUGUAAAGAUCGACGACCUCCCACCAAAUGUGCUUUUGAUGCGGAUCUUGGAAGGGAUGCGCAACGCUACCCCCAGGGCCAUUAAGACUUCAGUACGUGGUACUCUGGGUCCCCAAAGAUUGCUCGGAGGUCAUCAGGUCGCUCCGGUUUCAGCCACCGCCAACCAAGUCCCUAUUACGAUCCCGGCCGAGCCUAUGCGCCAAACAAAUUCUGCGGCUAAACAGGUUCACCUGCACAAUCAGCCUUACGGUCGUGCUAUUUAUGAUUAUAUAUCGAAGGUGCCAGGAGAUCUGAGUUUCAAGAAAGGUGACAUAGUGAUUCUGAGUAAGAAGAUUGAUAACAAUUGGUACUUUGGAGAAUGUGGAAAUAGCCAUGGAGUUUUUCCUUUAUCUUAUGUCCAGGUAAUGACACCAUUGCCACCACACGUACCCCAGUGUAAAGCUUUAUAUGACUUCCGGAUGACUAAUGACGAUGAAGAUGGAUGUCUCACUUUUAAUAAGGGUGAAGUUAUCAGUGUAAUAAGAAGAGUCGAUGAAAAUUGGGCUGAAGGCAAACUGCUGGAUCGUAUCGGGAUAUUUCCCCUUGCUUUUGUUGAAUUAAACAGCAUCGCUAGAGCAUUGAUGAAACUCUCUACCAACGCACAACCAGGACCGUCCAGAGUAGCACCCCCAACACCCACUAAUGAAGAAACGACUCCACUUAUCCCAACAGAUCAUUCUCGCAAUGUACAAGCAGCAAGUCAGCCUCGACCGCAAAUACCUUUGGCGUCCACACUGCCAAUGUCAGAUUCUAGUUCAGUUGUUUCAUCUGGCGGCAGUUCGACGACAACAACUCCUAAUACUCCAAACAGUUCAAAUACUUCAAGUAGCUCAAGUACAGCACCUAGUAGCCCAAGUAGUCCUGCAGCAACGUCACCACCUGCUGUCGGAAGUAGACAUAGCAUGAAGCGCCACAGUUUCACUGCCAUGAAUUCUGGCCAUCAUCCACACACUCAUCACAGACAUAGUGCUGAGAUUCUUAGUCCAGCAAUUGAUGCUGCGCUGACCGGUGCAAAUGAACCUUUUACUCCAGUCCAGACAAGCAGUAGCACUGAUCCUGGUGUACGCCAUAAACGUAGUGGCAGCAGUGAUCUGGUACUCGCACAGCCAUCUCAAAGUAUGCUUACGACUCCUGGUGGUAGUCACUUACCAGCGGCAUAUAUAGCUCUCUAUCCUUACAAACCGCAGAAGGCUGACGAGUUGGAAUUGCGUAAAGGUGGAAUUUAUAUGGUAACUGAACGCUGUCAGGAUGGCUGGUUCAAAGGGACGUCAAAUCGAACGCAAAAAUGUGGAGUUUUUCCUGGGAAUUACGUUGCCCCAGCAAAGUCCCAAUUACAGAUACGCAACAUUUGCCGUAAUGCAUCAAGUACAGCUACUCAUCAAAGUAAUCAAUCGACGUCUGUCUCUUCAAGCGGCAAUGAGCCACGACCUUGCAUAACUUAUACUAGAAACAAAGGUCCUGCCCCACAACCCCUCGGUUCCCGUCCUCCGCCACCUGAGCUUCCUCCCAGAACUACAAGCCCUGCAUCUGGUAUAUCUUCAUCGUGGCACAGUCAAGGUGAAACUCAGAAUCAAGGUCAAUCUCAGGCCAAUGAACAACAAUCUUUGGCAGCCAAUCCACUGGGACGGAGUCACAGUGCAGUUAUGUCCUCAAAUCUAGCUUCUCCAGGCAAACAGACAAUGCUACUUUCACCAUUGGGUGAUCUAAACAGAAGUCCUAACAACACACUGCGUUUAGCCAGCACUGUGAGCCCGCCUCCCAAUACUUCCGUGGCAGCUGGUACUGCAAGAAAUAUUGAGAAGAAAGAGAAAAAAGAAAAAGGUGUCUCACUGAUGCGUCGCUUAACUAACAUUAAAAAAUCAAAGUCUCCUCCACCAACGUCGUAUUCAAUGGAUAAUCCAGUGUUUGAUGAUGGAAACACUGUAACUGUUGUAAAUCCCGUCCACAUUAGAUCGGGUUCUUGCCCGAGCCAGCUACUGCAGGUUUGUCCACAGUUGGAUGUAAAUACUCAAAAUACACAUCUUCGUCUCUACACCGGUUCUGGCUCAAGUCACGCAACUGCAUCCCAAAGACUGAAACAUAAGGAGCGGCCCUCCUUACCUGUCACUUUUUUGCAAAGGAGUGGGGAUAAUGGAGUAAGCACAGCUGCCGUAGGAAAUCAUCAUCGUAAGAGUAAUUCAUUGGAUGCUGGUUCCGCAAAGCAAAGUAAACAGCAAACUUCGGUUAGAGAACGAGAUCGUGUGUAUCGAUUUCGUUGCAUCGUCCCGUAUCCUCCGAAUAGUGAGUUUGAAUUGGAACUUCGUGUUGGUGAUAUAAUACAUGUCCUUAAGAAACGUGAUGACGGAUGGUACAAAGGAACUCUACAACGUACAGGUCGAACUGGAUUAUUCCCAGCUAGUUUUGUUGAAGCUUUCUGAGAUUCGACGCAUGUCCGUUUUAUCUUGGAGACAUGUAUAUAGCGUGGCAUUUUUAUCAUUAGCACUUACCAAUAGGUAUGUAUUCUAAAUUGUAAUAUCAUAAUACAGUUUGUAAAUAAGAGCUAAAUAGUCAGUGAAAGUGUUUUCAAUUUUCUCAUCAAGUUUUGGAAUUUGUAUGUGUAUUAUGCUGGCACAUAUUCAUUGCUUCUUGAUAACUCACAAUUAUCUUUCAAUUGGUAAAGCAUGGGGUGGAAAUGAAAUAUUCGUUUUCAUCUCACUGACAGUUCACGUAAAGAUUUUGUAAACAUAAAAUUUUUACUGUAUAUUGACAUUCGUUCUCCAAUGUGUUUUCUUUUUUUAUAUUGGGACCGUGCGUACUCACUCAUGCACACUAUUAAUGUGCAUGUGAUUCUGCAAAUAGAAACGUUCUUGAAUAAGUAGGAACAAACGCCUCGCGAAACAUAUGUAUGUGAAUACUGAUGUAAGCUUGAUUUUUGUACUCGCGUCACUAUACACAAUCCGCACAGCUAAUUGUGUGAUACUUAGAUGCUUAGCCAUUGAAAGCAAACUGGUCAAGUUGAAAAAUACGAAUGCUGACAUUUACAUCGUUUGCAAUAUUUCACAUAUAUUUAAAUAAUUUUAUACAAACGUGGCGCACGGUAUACUUAAGAAAAUAAGUAUUUCAUUUGAAAGUUUAUAAGAUUGCACGUAAAAAUGUUUUCUACUAUUCUUACCACUACGAUAUGAUUGUACAUAAAUUAGCAGAAUAUUUAGAUAACAUUUAAAUGAAGCUACGUGAUAUAUUCAGCAUGCUAUCACCCACAGUUGACAUUAAAUGCUGCUGGUGAUGUUAUAUCAACGAUUUUAAACGUAUAUUAAAUUAGUUUGAGCAUGCUGAAUCUUACCUGAAAUUCAUACUGCCAUCAAUGUAAUUUACUGUGUAAUGAGUAAUGUUUACAAGAGUAAAUUUAACUUCUUUCUAGAAAGCUGAUUUUAAGUUCGAAUUCAUUCAGUCGAGUCAUUUUGGUUUGAAUUAUUCAAUAUGUCUCACCUAGUACAAGAAUUGUGCUCAUACAUAUACGAGUGAGUUUUUUUUAUCAAAUCAGUUCAGUUCUUCCUUGGAAAUAAGCGACUUUAUAACAAUAAUAAAUGUUGAACUAUGUCAUAAAAAUUAUUUGUAGUAAAAGAUGUGGGAGAAAAUUCUUUUGGAUUACUGAAAAAGUAUUUGUACCAAAUCUGAAAUUUUUUCGACCAAAUUCUUCCAGAUGGCGUGAAGUUUUUGUAAUUACAUAUACGUUGUACAAAGUUAAACCCAAGGUGAUUUUUAAGACUGUGAAAUACCCCGAGACAUUUUCAAGUACUAAACGCACUAUAAUAUCGUGGAAUCAGAAUCGCACAGUGCUCUUUACGUAUGUAAUUUUUUGUAUAUUUGAGGUAACACAAUAUUUUUAAGUACGUACGAAAAAAAACACAGUACUGUCAUAAUACUGAUCGGCAAUUGAUUUUUGAUUGUUAUAAACGCGAAAUGUUUCAAGCCAGUGCCUGGUGAACACAUGAUCUGGCAUCAGUAUACUUUGAUGCAUUUAUAAUUGUAUGAUAAAGCAUAAAUACUUAUAUUAUCCACUCUCUACGUCGUCACUAGAAUUACUGUAACGACCUUGUCAAUAGUAAUAAAACCCAUUGCUACCAGCCUUAGAUAAUAAUGAGAAUUUACAUGCAAAUUAAAUUCGGUUACGAUCUCGAUUAACCUUUACAUUGCCGGGAUUUGAAAAGCUCUAUUCCCCUUAGAAAGUCUUAAAAUGUUGUGGCUGUAUCUUAAAUCUAACAUAUAUGAAGUUCCCAUCACAGGCAGAAACUAUAUUUUGACUUUCCGGUGGUCUAAAGAUUAAUAGAGCUCGCAUCAGAAUUUAAUUUGCCUAAUGAUAGAGAUUAGGGAGUUGAUACUGUUUUAGUUUAGAAAAAUGAAAUGCAUGUCAAUCACGGUUUUUUCAACGGAUUCAGUAUCUAGAAAUUUCCUUUUGUUAUGAAUUUAUUAUAUACUUACAUACUGUAGUACUGCAAUAUCAUAAUUUAAUAGUAAUAAUAAUAAUGAUAAUCAUAAUAAUCGAGCCCUACUCUGUGAUGAGAACUUUGUCUAUAAUGACACAAUCAACAAUACAAAUGACUCACAAUCGAUACAUAUUUUUCUUGUCGCGCAAUUAUUUUGACGCAUAAUUAUAUAUACAAUUCCACCCGCAGAUUACACUAAAAUUCGAAAACAUGGAUUUACAGUACUCGUAAACAGCAAAAAAUAUUUUCAUUGAAACGUCAUUUCUAAUAUUACAUAAUAAACAAGUCCGAGUAUUCCUUGACCUCUAAUCAAUAGAAUUUGAUCAAUUUAUUCUAUUUAUGAAACAUGUAUGUCAAGUAGCACUGUGAUUGAAAAUAAUUUGAACGUGUAGAACAGUUGGCCAAUGUUAAAGUCUUUCUCUAAUUUUCACUCGUACAUUAUUUGAUAUCAAUUAAAACUGAAACUCCGUCGUUUCCCAAUAUCCGUCAACUGUGAAUAAUUUUUAUUCAUAGUUAUAAAGUCAUUGAAUCCACCGAGUAUACUGUACAGGGGUCAACGAUACUGACUAGUUAAAGAGCAAAUGUCUCAUCACACAGAAUGUAAUGAUGUAGUGUAUAAAUGUAUACAUAUUUAACUCAUUAAGAAUCUUAUCUAUGUGUAUCCAUAUUAAAGCAACAUAGAUAUAUUCAAAUUGCAACUAUUUCAAGUACAAUUUUUGUAUACAUCAAUCGCUGUCUAAAUUUAGUUUGAACUAAAAUCACACUCGGGUAUUCAGAUUCAGAAGCACAGUCAUUCGUUUUCUUCCAUUUUCUUGAAUAUAGUUUUGCAUGAUUCAAGUGAGAGCUUUCAAGUUUUGAAAUAUUACGUCACAAAGCGCACAAAUGUAUUGUAGUGUUUUAAAUCUGUACCAACAAUACAAAUCGAAAACAGAUAGCAUUGUGUACAGCUAUUUGUUGAUUCUGGGGUAUGAGUCGUACAUGCGAAUGUGAAGAUAUAAAUGUAAAUGAAAACGUGGCAACCCGUUACAGAACUGAACGUUUAUUUUAUAUCACUGGCAAAGGUUGGUGUAUUAACCUUUAGACCUUCACUUGCCCAGUAUACUGGCCAAGCUAUAGUCCAAUAAUAUAAAUCUGGGUUAUUUGAAUAUACAUUAAAAUCACCGGUGAUCGAAAGAUUAAAUAAUUAUCGGAUUAGUCAUGGGCUGCAUUCAGUUACAAAGUGAGCAUUGAUAGGUGACAUUACGUGUGUAAUACCAAUUUUGAUAAAAAUUAUUCACGUUUAGAUACAAUUUUCUACGUAGCAUUUGUUACAACUUUACUUCCUGUUUUUAGCCUGACUCAAUAUGUAUAACGUAUGUAAAUAUACGUUUCAUACUUUUAUUUCUUCUUGUCUACGUUAUAUGCUGAGAAAAUAUUGCUUUAUUUAUUUGUACUUCAACUGACAAUAGCUGUAAGUAAUUUAUUACGGAAAAAAGUAUAUGUUUAAAAAUUAUGAUAAUUGUAUAAACCAUAGGAUUGUGUCAUGAACACGUAACUGUAGUUCCAAACCUGCAUUAUGUCUGAUACCGCAAUAUUAUGAUACUAAUUUAACAAGUUCGGCACUAUAGUGUUGCCUGGUCUCCAUGACUUACGAUAUACCAGAUCGUUCAAUUUCUGCACAGGAGUGAAUUUUGUUUAACAUGGUAUGAACUAUAUAAUAUUUUAAACGUCAAUUCUAGAUACACGAAAAUUGUUUGCUUUUUAAAUUGCCCCUGUUUUGGUGGGGGAUAAGAUAUUAAGAGUGCAUUAAUUAUCACUGUAUUAUGUUUACAAUGAAUAAUUUCGAGUUUCUGUUGUUAUAAAUUCAAAUAUUUAUAUGACGUGUUUUUAAAUAUGUUGUGUAUUAUCCAUUUACUGAUAAAAGAUCAUGAUACUGAAUUGAACUGGAUGGAGUUUUGCAAGUCUGAACGUCU